UGGGUGCCAUGUUGGGAGGAAAUACCAUGGAGGGUGUCUUUCGGACAUACCAUACGCAGUAGCCUACAGAGAAUAUAAAUAGGAGAGGUAGUUGCACCAUUGACCCAGUGUUGAGUUGACAUACGGUCAGUUCAGUCACUCAGACAUAACUUAUCUUACGCUUUUCAAGUUUUUUAUCUGUGUACGUGAAUUAUUAAUAAUCGUAGUAAGGCCCUUACAAAACCAACGAUCCAAUGCAAUCCAAAACACUGCCCUUAUUCACUUAUGUUUUAAUUGUACAACUUUAUAUCCGAAUUAUCGGCAUGUAUCUAGUGUUUUAAGUAUCGCUGCAACCGUUUUUCUAAUAAAACGCAUUAAAUAAAAUACUUUUUAAAAGUUGUUAUUCGUGUAAAUAUAAAUUUCGUGCGAUUCAAUUAGAAAUAUCAGUAACGUUGAUAAACGAAUGUGCAACGAUAAUCAGGCCUUAGUAGUGGUCAAUUCUUUUGAAGAAACUCAACUUUUGAUGGCAUAAUUUCAUCACGUUUGAUCGUUAUUUGAUCGAACUAGAAAAGUACAAAAUUAAACGAAGUUCUUUGGAAGCAGUUUUCAGAUUGCUUUCUUAGUUGUAAUUUAAAGCAAUAUGUCAGAAACACCGGGAAUAUCGCAAGGAUUGGGAAAUCCUUAUAAAAUUGUUGAUCAUGCCAGAGAAAAACGGAAGGGAAUCACAGCUUCUUCCCUCAAAGAAUUAACUAGUAUAGCAAGAAAUCGCUUGUCUUUGCCUUUGGACGCAGAACUUACAAUUGUUCUAGAACAAGAUGGGACAGAGGUAGAUGAUGAGGAAUAUUUUGCGACAUUGGAGAGAAAUACCAGUUUAAUGGUUCUUUAUGGAGAUCAAAAAUGGGUAGCGGCAGGAAGUAGUAAAGCUGCUUCACGUUAUAUUGUUGUUGAUGAUGUAGAUAAUGUAGAAGGAGGACAAAGAGAUGAAAUCAGAAGGCGUCGGCCUCCAAUAGAACCAUUAGUUUCAUCAUUACAUGGUGAUCCAUCUCAUAUAUCACUACUUGGUGGAAAUGAUUUAGAAUUACUUAGUGAUAUGGACCCAGACAGCUUAGCUGAUAUAGUGCCUGAUAGAAUCUUUUUGGAACAAUUAAAGGAAGCCUCAGGCAGGUUUUUGGCUGAGAAACGACAAGCACAAGAGUCGAUGGCACUUCUUCAGAUGUAUGCGAGUAGUGGAGAGAUGGAGCGAGCGUAGGCCAUGUGGGGGGUGGGCGCCCUCACAUUGGCUAAUAUGUAUCGAGUGCGACGUCGCAUAUUUUAUAAAGGUCGCCAAUUACAACAAACUUUAAUCCUUUUCUGGAAUUGAGCCCAUCAUAUUUAUAGCACAAUAGUUCAUUGUGCCAUCUUCUACCAUCGUGUUAUUUCCAACAAUUGAAUACACUUACAUUGUCCAUGGAAAUUUAAAAAAUCUUCUAUGCAGAAUAUUGAAAAAUGCAGUGGCAAACAAACACGUACAGAAAUUAAGUUUCUGUCUUUCAUGGAUGGCUAAAAGUUAUUUCUAAAGUAUUUGCAAGUAUUUAUGAAAUAUAUGAAUCUUAAAUUUC